CUCAGCGACGGCGGCGGCGGCGGCCGGAGCCGGGAGCAGCGCGGCGGAGGAGGAGGAGGAGGAGGAGGAGGAGGAAGGGGGGGGCGGCACGGGCCCGGCCUCGGCCUGCCCCGGGCCUGUCCGCGCCCUCGGAGGCCGCCAUGGAGCUGGAGGUGCCCGAGGAGGCGGCGGAGGGCUCGGCCGCGGCGGGGGCCGGUGCCGGCGCCAUCAGCCCGGAGGGCCCGGACGCGGCAGGAGGUCUGGCACCAAAGAAAGCAGCCAUCACUGAGGGACCAUCGCUUCCAGGACAGCCUGGCCAAGGAAAGAAGAUAGGCCAUCGAGGUGUUGAUGCUUCUGGUGAAACCACUUACAAAAAGACCACUUCAUCCACUCUGAAGGGGGCCAUCCAGCUAGGGAUUGGAUAUACUGUCGGCAAUCUGAGCUCCAAGCCGGAGAGAGAUGUCCUGAUGCAGGACUUCUACGUGGUGGAGAGCAUUUUUUUCCCGAGUGAAGGAAGUAAUCUUACCCCGGCUCACCAUUACGCUGACUUCAGGUUCAAAACCUAUGCACCGGUGGCUUUUCGGUACUUCCGAGAACUCUUUGGGAUUCGUCCAGAUGAUUAUUUGUAUUCAUUAUGUAAUGAGCCUCUGAUAGAGCUGUCAAACCCUGGUGCCAGUGGCUCUCUCUUCUAUGUCACCAGCGAUGAUGAAUUCAUCAUAAAAACUGUGAUGCACAAGGAAGCUGAAUUCCUCCAGAAGCUCCUUCCUGGCUACUACAUGAACCUGAACCAGAAUCCACGGACGCUGCUGCCAAAGUUUUAUGGACUGUACUGUGUGCAAUCAGGGGGCAAAAAUAUCCGCGUGGUGGUGAUGAACAACAUUCUGCCUCGUGUGGUGAAAAUGCACCUGAAAUUUGACUUGAAAGGCUCAACCUAUAAGCGCCGGGCAUCCAAGAAGGAAAAAGAAAAGUCCAGCCCCACAUACAAAGACCUGGACUUCAUCCAAGACAUGCCCGAGGGCCUGAUGCUGGAUGCAGACACCUUCAGCGCGUUGGUGAAGACGUUGCAGCGAGACUGCCUGGUGUUGGAAAGUUUUAAAAUCAUGGACUACAGCCUCCUGCUCGGGGUUCAUAACAUAGACCAGCAAGAACGGGAGCGGCAGUCCGAGGGAGCCCACAGCACGUCGGAUGAGAAGCGCCCCGUGGGGCAGAAGGCACUUUACUCCACAGCCAUGGAGUCCAUCCAGGGGGGGGCUGCCCGGGGGGAGUCCAUAGACACAGACGACACGAUGGGAGGAAUCCCAGCAGUGAAUGGCAAAGGAGAGCGUCUCCUGCUCCAUGUAGGAAUCAUCGAUAUUCUUCAGUCAUACAGGUUCAUCAAGAAGCUGGAACACACCUGGAAGGCCCUUGUCCAUGAUGGGGACACAGUGUCAGUACACAGACCCAGCUUUUAUGCAGAGAGAUUCUUCAAAUUCAUGACCAACACGGUGUUUCGAAAAAAUUCCUCUCUGAAGUCAUCUCCCUCAAAGAAAGGGCGUAGUGCCUUGCUAGCUGUCAAGAUGCCUGGUCCAACGGCUGCGUUCUCAGCUAGCCAGCUCCCCUCUGAAAAGGACGAAACGCAGUACGACCUCCGUGCAGCCAGGAGUUACCCCACCCUUGAUGAUGAAGGCAGGCCAGACCUGCUCCCCUGCACACCUCCUUCCUUUGAAGAAGCUACCACGGCCUCCAUAGCCACAACACUCUCUUCAACAUCUCUCUCUGUUCCUGAGCGAUCCCCCUCGGAGACAUCUGAGCAGCCCAGGUACAGGAGGCGCACACACUCCUCAGGGCAGGAUGGCAGGUCACACGAGGAGGUGCGGGUUGAAGAGGAGCUUCAGCAGAUCAGCGUAGAGCUGGAGCCCAAGUGUGAUGUUGAGAUCGUAGCUCCUGAAGAAGACGACAAAGAGGAGGCGGCUUCUUCAGCCUGUGCCAUUGGAACAUCCACGGCUACAAUAGAGGUGGAGACGGCCAGCCAGGCCUCCGAACCAGCCAGCCAGGCCUCGGAUGAAGAUGACGUGCCAGUCACAGACAUAUACUUUUUCACAGAUGGGAGGUACUGGAUUUACUCUCCCCGACAGCGCAGACUCCGAACCACCUCGCUUUCCUCUGGGACUCCGACAGACGAGAGGAGUUGGGUUUACUCCCCGCUCCACUAUAGCGCUCAGCUCCACUCUGUCUCCGAUGAGGAGAGCGAUACAUAAUCUCUAUGCAGACACAGAAGCCCCAGAGAGCAGCGAUUCCCUCUGCAGGUCGAUGUGUUCCCUUUUCGUUGAUGCAGCCGUUCCAGUGGGAUGGGGAAGAGCUUGCCGACACCAGUAUUGCUGCACUGCAGGAUCCCGGGCACUGCAUUUCAGAAAGGAGCAAAACUAUAACCGUCUAUUUCUACUUCUCCCAGAUGUGGGCAGCAAAGAAACCACCCACUCACCCGCAGCUCCCAACGGAGACAUCCAGCUGGGUGUAGAGAAUCCUGGGUAGUAACACAGUGUUUUCCAGAUGUGCACUACCGUAGCUACCUAUCCAUGUGUAAUACUGUGAACCUUUUUAAUUUUUUAAUCAUGUAUUUAUUUCUUUUAUCUUUGCACAGACAGCACAAAUGUGCUUUUUUAAACAUUUAGUUUACUGCACUUUUUUUUUUUUUUUUUUUUUUGGGUUGUCAUAUAUUUGUGCAUCAGAAAGGAGGGUGAGACCUCACUGGAGAAUUAAUUGGUAGGAGCACGUUGCUGGGGAGGGCAGGGACCGGAGUGGUCUUCCCUUGAGGCAGCAGCGUGGUCUGACCAACUGAUGGAGUCGGGAGGUGUGAGGCUGUCCAGGCUCUGCCACGGUUUUGCCGAGUGACCUAAGGCAAGUCACUUAACCACUCUGUGCCUCGGUUCCCCUGUGCUGAUGGGUGUGCAGCUCCCACUUCCGUUAAAGCACUUAAAGCCUGGGAUGAAAGGUGCUAUGUAAAUGCCAUGUAUUAAAGGCCAUCGAGUAGAAUUGCUCCCACGUUACAGUAGUCCAAAGUAGCCAUGCCAAUUCACUCGGAUUCAAAAAUCGCUAGUGACUUCUCUAGAUCUGUGACACUGUGCGGGGGAAGCAAGCGAUUCCUGGCAACGCUGACGUGGUCACCUCGGCUCUCUGGACGUCGCAAUGGCUUCAGCCUUCACCUUCACGCUGCUGUCACCCCGUCCCUCUGUGCUUGGGAGCCCACGCUUCGUCCCGCCGGCCGCGCCAGGCAUGGACAGAUGAGGACUGGGCACCUCCUCCAGGGACCGUCCCCGCUCUGCCAGCCCCGGCGUGGCUCGCCCGGACCCCGCAUCCCACUGGAGCCACUUCGCACCUCGCAUGCUCACGGGUGUAUCCGACCGCCAGUGACUCGGGGGUCGCGGACACUGGGUUCACACGUAUCCUCCGUACCUCAGGGCAGUCAGGGAGCUGCGUGCACGUCCGCGCCUGCUGGAGGCAGAAACCAAGCACCUGGCUCCAGCACCCGGGUGCGCCGGGCGGCGUUGUGUGCACGGACUCUGUUGGACACACAGCUGGGUGACUCGGACGUUGCCUGUGGCAAUGUCUGCUGUUGGAAAUGGCUGCUUCGGAUGUCUGAGACACGGAUAGUUUGCUCUUUGAGGGCUGCACGCUGUAGCCAAGACAAGAUUUGGUGUCACUUGGCAGUGCUCGGUUUAGGCUCGUCCUCCUGUCAGCAGGACACCGUAGCAUCUUGAACUCCAGCAGUCCCAUCCUCUCCCAGAGAGAAGAAAUGGAACCCUUUAGACAAGGAGGAGACAGGUCUUGUUUGUGUGCUUCACAUGCCAAGAGAGGGGGUCAAAAUCUCUUUAUUCUCAUCACAAUCUUCAGCUGUCCUUGGGAUUCCUUGUAGAGGGGUGUAGAAGAGGAACCCUCCUUCUGGGGCUCUGUCCCUUUCCAUCUGUCUUCGCAGCAGCACUCAGGACUGGGUAAUUCAGGUCCCAGAAGGGAACCAGGCUGGUGGGAAGCUCUUCCCCUCUGCGAGGCGAUGAAGUUGGCGAGGAUCUUUGUGAAUUGACAUUGUUUCUUGCCUAGAAGUACGGGACCCAAACUUCACCCCAUGCCUGCAGAUGCUGAAGGCUGUACAGGGUGCUGCUCUCGGAGUGCAGGCUGGGGGUCUUGCAAGCUGCUGCCGUUAGAUGUAUCCAUGUAUUUACCAAAUAAUCUAUCAAAAGUCUUUCAAGACAUUCUCCCCUUUCAGUCGCUACUUGACAGCUUGUUCAUCCAGCUCGUGGCAUCGCUCCAUGACAGCCCCUUCAGUAGGCUGGGGAACAGCUCCCAACCCACCCCGUGUCCCUGUGCCAGCCCGGGGGGGUGCUGCAGGCUGCGUGUUCGGCGCUGCGGGGGGCUCAGUAGUUGGGCAGAGGGGAGCCGGGAGUAGUGCAAUACCUACAGACUAACGUGCCUCUGGGCUGAAAGCGUGAGGCUGCAAAAUGCUGGAAAUUCAGCCUUUGUUUCCUCCAGAAGCCCGAUGCUGCACUUGGAGAGGCCGGAGGUUCCCGUGUCCCUUCUGCAUCUUCAGGUGUCGCUCUCGGGCGCUGCACUGGGGAACUCAGCCCCGGGAGGGAGCCGGGAGGCUGGGCUCAGCCGAGCCCCAGCUCCACGGGCACCUCCUAGGGUUAGCUGCAGCAGGCCUUGCCCACCAACAAAAAUCAAGCAUCUUGGUAAAGAUGGUUCAGGCAUCACUGAAAUCAGGACUUCUUUCCUUCCCUGCAUUUCAGGGGUCUCUAAAGCUGCUUUGCCUCUGUGCAGGAAGCGUCUGAGCCCAACCUUCAUAGAGUAUCCCAGUGAAUGAACUUUGCAGGCUCAAGCUAGCUUGGUCCCGGAGGAUAUGGGGAAGCCCAAAUCUCCUUUUGCAGCACGUUCAUUCCAGCUGUUGUCGUUCUUCAGGUGUCCAGGCUUUUUGAGACAAUCCUUCUGUGUGCAAUCCUACAAUGCUGAACCCUUUGGAGCGAGCAGGUCUGUAAAAGAUGAGAGCAAAGGGAUGGGAGCAACUUUGUCAAUGUGAGUGGGGAAAAAGGAGCCUUCUUUUAGGGAGAUGCUGAUCCCAAAUGGAAACUACUCCUUGCCAGGCCCAUGCACACUUCUUGCUGUCAUCUCCUGCCCAAGUGUCUGUGCUGGAGAGCAGCUGAGCCUUGACAAGGCUACAGGACGCUGGGGUUCAAUGCUUGCUCCUUACCCACCUCUCUGUGCUAUUCCUGCCCACUGCAGUGGGGGAGCACUGGGGGGCACUUCCCAUGCCUUGUCAGUGCUGCCUUUGCAGGGCAGAGUCGGAGGAAGGGAAGGACUGGGUCUUGCCCUUGGGGAAGAUCCUCAGCCCUUCUUUGGGGAGGAGAGCCCUUGCCCCUCCUUGGCCUGAGCAUCUCAGCUGUGCCCAGCUCACCUGCGGAGCGGGUCUUGUGUGUUUUUGCUAGGGCUUUCUCUAGUGCCCCAGAAGAUCGCUGCCUCGUGCUGUCACCAGCAUACCCCUACAUCUCGAAAAAGGCACCGCAUCUCCUGCUGCUCCACGGGCGCAGGACUCGAGGGCUCCAGGGCUGUUUCUGCUUUCAGCCAUCACCGCCUCCUCGGUGCCUGGGGUCGCACGUUGGCUCCGGGCACGGGGCUGGCACUGUUGUGGCAGGGCCUGGGUCACCCUCGGUGCCCGCUGGGCUCCCGAAAUGUGCCGUGGCCCUGCCCAGCACCCUCUGCUCCCCGCUCAGCGUCACCUCCAGCUCUGGCCCAGCCGGACACAAGCCGCGGCCCCCAGGCCCUGGCUCGUGUCUGAUUUUCUCCCUGUUGCUGUCUCCAUCAGCCCCGGGUCUCCUCUAUCGGAUGCUCGUGCUCCCGCUCAUUUCCCACGUCCGCUCCGUGCGUGCACCGUGUAAUGAAUGUAUGUAAUUAGGGGGGGCCGAAAUGGGAUGCCGACCGGGGGUGUUGUCAUGGCUCUCUUCUUUAUUAUUUUUUUUGGGGGGGGAGAAAGGUUACGUCAUGAGCGCUUUUUUCUUUUCCUCGUUCUGUUGGUUUUUUUUUGUUGUUGGUUUUUUUUUUUUUUUUUUUCCGUU